CUCUCGGAUCCUAGACUGAUCGUUUCUCCACACUCCUCCAGUACGCACCACCACCAGCAGGCUGCCCUUAGCUCAUCACCUCCUCCUCCUCCUCCUCCACACUCCACCUUCUUCAGAGUCCUCCUCCAUGAAGUACGUGAUGAGCGAGGAGGAGUUCCUGCUGAAGUGGAACAACCACCAGACUAACUUCGUGGAUGUGUUCAACGAACUGCUUCAGGAUGAGUCUUUUGUGGACGUGACGCUGGUGUGCGGGGGCGAGGCGGUGCCGGGCCACAAGAUGGUGCUGGCCGCCUGCUCCCCGCUCCUGCACCGUAUCCUCCGGGACAACCCAUGCCGCCACCCGCUGGUCAUCCUUGGAGACGUGCCUGCUGGGGACAUGCGUGCCAUCAUGCACUUCAUCUAUCAGGGCGAAGUGAGCGUCUCCCAGUCUGAAUUGGCGAGCUUCCUCAAGACAGCUGAUAACCUCCAGAUUAAAGGGCUGGCAGAGAACAGGGAGAGCAGCGGGAAGGAGGACAGGAAGAGGAAAGACAAGGACGGGGAGAGAUUGGAGGGUCGACCCAAUAACAAGAGGCAGCGCACCUCUGAGGGGAGGUUGGACAACGUGAAUGCCACAGCCGCGCCUGCUAUGUCCCCUGUCUCAUCUCGCUCACACAAGUCACUCAGCGAUUCUCAUUCUUCUAGUCACAAGGGUCGGGGGGGCGGCAACAGGACCACGGGGGACGAGCAGCACCACCAGCAGGGCCUCAGGAACACCAGUGGUGGGCGAGGCAGUGCCACCAACAGCACCACCAACCAUCACCACAAUCAUCACCCAGCCACCAAGCACCACACUCCCUCAUCCAGACAUUCAAGUUCAAAGGCUUCCCACACCCAAGACAUUCCCUCUAAAGUGCCCUCCUCAUCCAGUAAGCACCGUGGGGAGGAGGGCGUCAGCACCUCCCACCACCACCACCACCAUCACCACCACAACUCAGAGAACAGUAUGGGUGAUGACAAAAUGAUGACGAAGGAGGAGCUGGAUGAACUUACUGUGAAGACUGAGCCCCUGGACUACCCUGCUGAGGUGGCGUGGAGUGAGGGGGUAGGAGGCCUGGGACGGGAGGCGGGCAUGGAGGACUCCCAGGGUCUACUGCCGGCUAUCUCUGCCUCCAUGCCUGGUGGUCUGGAGGGUGUGGCUGCUGCCAUUGUGGCCUCACCAAACCUUCCUAUCAUUGAGUUUGGUGAUGACAGCCGAAAUGAUGACGGGAGUCGCGGUGACCUGUCCACUGCCUCAGAUGAUGUGAAUGUCAACAAUACUGCGGAGCUGGAGGAGGGAGAAGAGGAGAACACCACCUCAGGGUCUCCAGGCAAGUUUCGUGGUGGACGCAAAGCUUGCUGCUUUUGUGGUAAGACAUUCUGUGACAACUACACACUGCGCCGCCACAUGGUGACCCACCUGACUCGGGAGCGGCAGUUUGAGUGUCCAAUGUGUAGUGCUGCAUACUCCCGCAAGGACCACCUCAUGGCCCACAUCAGGAGAAAACAUCCCAUAGCUGAUGAAGUGGACAAGAUAGACAUCAGUACCGGACAGGCAGGGUAAAGUUCACACUCCAGGGGACAAGAAUUCUCUCAGGGGUGUGUGAGUGAUGGUCAUGGUUGUCCGAACUCAGUUUAUCCUGAGCACACUCCCUUUGCCAUUCCAAGCUGUUCAGGAGUUGCCACUGUCAUUGUGCACAGUGGUACUUAGUCAUUAUUCUGUUGACAUGCUCACAUAUGAGAUGUAUAUUUGGAAUUUGUUGAGCUGUUUUAUUGUGAUGAUUCCAACUUUUGUUGUAAAAUUACCUUUUAGGUUUAAUGUAGUUAUUAUGGAGUCUGAUUUGUUAGUUUCCUGUUUUCCUUCUCCUCAAGUGGUGAGGUAAUCUCUGUUCUCUUUUCCCCUCAGCUGAUGAGGUAAGACAUCAAAACUUGUAAUAUAGUUUUCACUGUAAAUGUUUUCAACAAUGGUGUCGUAUGGCUCCAUGUCGCCAUGUGUUCAGUGUUGACAGUGCUGGACUUUUUUCAUCCUAAGGAUGACGUUGUAAUGAUCAGCACAGGAGCUCCUACACAAGCUUAGUGUAGCCUGCUCUGUGUUGUCUUGUGUGGGGACAUUGGUGUCAGGUGAGGAGGACAUGGCCCAGAGGUAGUCAUGCACACACACUUUACCUUCUUUAUGAUAAGAGUUCAGCAGAGUCUAAUAUUCAAUACCUAAUGAAACUAUAUACAAAUAUGUUCAUGUAUAUGCAACACAAUGCUUUUAUGCAUAUUAGCUGAGGGCAAGUAGCCAAUCCAGUCUGCUGAAUUUGUCCUCCUCUGCUCACGCAUCAAUUUGGUAUGAAAGGUAUGCAGGUCCAUGUGUCCUCGUUACUCUGUCAUCACUGUCCUCAAGGCACAAGGAAGCUGAAACUUAUGUGACCAACUUGAGCCUAUCCUGACCUUUAAAGUCUGCAUUUAGUAUAUAACAUUGAGGGAGUAGCAAGGUGUUAGUCAUUGUGGGCUUUUGCCUACUAGGUGUGUGGGCUGUUAGGUUAGUGGUCUGAUAUAUAUAUAUAUAUAAGCAUAUAUACAUGCAGUCUGUGAGAGGUGAGGCAUUCUUGCCUUACAAGAUGUGUUGUUGGUUUGGUCUGAAGCUCACUCAACGUGUGCCAUGAGUGGGCAGCAUCCUCCCAGUCAUGUCUUGGUGUGUGUCUCUGUGCCUUCUAACUAACCCUGAACAAGCGCGAUCAAAUGUGCCAGUUAACGCACAGCUUGGCUAUACUUGAGCUCCUUCAACACACUCUGCUGACACAAUCCUCUUUGCCUUGCCAAGUUCACCUCUUAGGGCGGGAAUGCAGCAACAUAUUUAUAUUUUUAACAAAAAAAUUUUGGUGGAUCAGGGCCCCUUUUUGAUACCUCUUGGCUGUAGUGUUUUUAUAAAGGUGUGUUUUAUUAUGAGUAGUUGGUAUCUGUAAAAAAUUUACAAGGCCGUACUUUUUCAAUCCAGUUGUUAUUAAGAUAAGCUGAAGAUGGCAUGUAAGUUUUUGUUUUUGGGGAAUUUUAAGAGGUGAACUGUUCUGUUGAUGCCAUAGUACAUUGCAUAGUUUUAAGGCUGGCAUGAAUACCUGGUGAGGCUUGUACAAGUAAUAUGCUGAUUUCUGAUUUGUGGCUACUGGCAGGAGUCAAGCCAAUCCCCAUCAUGCCAAUUAUCAAAAUAACAGAAAAUGUGAUGAUCCUCAAGGUUGUUUAUGCAGUUCAUGUUAUCCAUCAUACCUAAGGAUCUUCAGUAGGACUAUUUAUCUAUAUUUUAACUACAUUGGAUCAGCUCACAGAUUCCCAUGUUCCAUUACUUAACUGAUGAGUCAUAACUUUGACAAGUAGUGUCAUUACUUUCUCUGAGGUUUUUGAGUAACAGAUUCAUUCAAGGGAUCAUGGUACAAGGGUGUUUUACGUCUUUUCUAAUUUUGUCUUGUAAUAACCUAUAUAUUCAUGGCCUCUCUCAUGGUCAUUUCUGAUUUUUAAAGAAUAUUAUUUUAAAUCAUUACAUCACUUCAAUAUCAGCCACCCCAGCUAUUUUGUGGUGUUGUCCUAAUGUAACAACCUAUCCAAAACCUAACCUAAUCCAAUCUAACAUUACUUAUCCCAAAAGUAUCUGAAGUAGCUGGGCUUCAUGCAACCCACACCAUCAUACCUUGUUCUUGUUUGAAGUGUACAUAUAAACUGUUGUCUUUCACAGGGUUGUUCUGUUGUGUUUACCAGGGGAUUCACUCUGUUCUUGUAGGCUUUUAAUUUUGCAUAAUUAUGAGGAUUCUCUUGCUAAUUCAAACUUUUAUAGUGCAGUUGUGGAAGGUUUCCACACAGCUUGGUAGCAGUCUUUAGAUAAUUUGUGAUUGAGCAGCAGCAGGAGUCACUUUGUCAGGAAGAUAGAAAUAAAGAACCACAUUUGAGGCAACCUGUGUGAGAAGGUGCACCUAGACCAAGUCACAAGGAAGGGGAUUCCAAGUGAUUGAUUUUACUCUGAGCUCACCACCUAACACAGAAUGCCUUAGUUACUACAUUUCCCCACACAAGCUCCAAAUACUACAGUAAAGUCCAUUGUAUGAAACUCACUUUCCUGCUUUUGUACUUGUUUUCUUCUUGACAUUUUGAUUCUUUGUGUUUUUCCCAUAACAGGAAGAUAAAAAUUAAUUGCCACAUUUAUUUGUUCACUGUAUAGUUUAUAUCCUGGCUUGUAUUAAACAGCUUCACAAGUACAGUAUUCAACAUAACAUUCAUCAUAGGUUUCCAUUUUGCUCUCUACACAUAAGGCAACCCAUAGUUUCAAGAGAUCUUUGUUAGACUGAACAUGUCAUCUCAUAAACUGGGGUAUAUGGUGCAUCAGUCAAGCUUCAAAUCAUCUUUAUAUAUUUUUCUGCUUUAUUAUGUGCUUUUUACUAUUGUAUAUCAUGCUGUGUUCUGAUUCUUGAGUGGUUCUUCCUGCAAGGUGUCAUAUUCCUGGUGGAGGUGUGUUGGGCAGUGGUGGGUGUUAAAGGGAAGGCUGAGCUGUAGUGUGGUUUCGGUGCUGUUGGGUUUUACUGUUCUCCUCAGCUCAAAGAUAUUUUCCUAGCACAUUUAUACUGCUAAUAAGGUUACACUGUAGUUAAGUGUACGUAAGUAGUGGAACAUUCAUCAAAAGAGGAUCCAAAGAUAUUUUUUUCUCGAUUUAUUUUCCAGCUUUGAUGUAUGGAAGUUAGUUUGCAAUGUGUAACCCUUAUGUUGGUUAGGCAGCAUUGGUAAUAGGCAGUGCUGUUUGAUUCUCCAACAGUUUUAUCAGUAUUUGUAUUAAAGUAAUUUCAAGCCACUAUUUAUAUACAAAAGAAAGGAAUGAAGUGGACAUAUUAUGUAGGCCAUAGUUUAAAGUUUUGCUGCCAUUAUGGUUUUGAUCAAGUGCAUGAUAGUUUUGUAAUUUGUGUUGAGGGUAUGCAUGGGUAGUGUUUUGUUCUCAAUUUGAAUUUUUUUCCAUCAUUGCUUAAUAAAACAGGUACAUUUAUUAGACAUUAGAUAUGCUACACACACACACACACACACACACACACACACACACACACACACACACACACACACACACACACACACACACACACACACACACACACACACUGCAUAUUUUCUUACAUUUUUAUCACAGUUGUCAUAUCAAGUAUGUGUUUUAUGAAGAAUACAAAUGUAUAAACGAAUGAAUGAAUGAGUUAGGAAAAAUAUAUCGAGAUUAGCAUGAAAGUUGAAUAGUAUUUAUUGUAGUCUCUCUCUCUCUCUCUCUCUCUCUCUCUCUCUCUCUCUCUCUCUCUCUCUCUCUCUCUCUCUCUCUCUCUCUCUCUCUCUCUCUCUCUCUCUCUCUCUCUCUCUCUCUCUCUCUCUCUCUCUCUCUCUCUCUCUCUCUCUCUCUCUCUCUCUCUCUCUCUCUCUCUCUCUCUCUCUCCACUUUUUCAUAACUUAUUCAGUUUUAUAUUGUCUUCUUUCCUUCUUUUCCUUGUGUCUUUUCUUUAUUUAUUGUUUAUGAACUGGAUAUUGUAUUCAUCCUUCCCUCAAUAUUUUUUUUAUUUUAUUAUUUUUUUUUCAUAUGGCUUAUUUCAACUUGCAGUUAUAAUUUUGUCCUUUUUCUUCCGUCUUUCUGUCUUUCAUGACUUAACACUGCAGUUUUAACUUUGUCCUCUUCCUUCCUUUUUUUUCCCCAGGAUUAAUUUAACUGCAGUAUUCCCUUCCUGUAGGAGGAACUAGCUGCCUAAGUUGUCAGUCCAGACCCUACCUGGAGAGCUCAAAUAUUAUCACUUGUUUACUAUUUAUUUUGAAGUGAAUUAAAAAGACAUUAUGCCAUAGGAAAGACUGAGCAACCAGUAUAUUAGUUAUGUAUCUAUAGCGUACAUGUGUAUGUUUAAUAUCUGAAUGCAAGAAGUUAUGAAAUUUCUACAUUCGCCUUGAGACUACUGAAAGACAUUGUGAUCAUAUGUACAGUUUAUUUAUUUAUUUAUUUUUUAUUUAUUUAUUUUUUUAUUUUUUCUCAUUAAUUUAUUGUAUGUUUAAACCUUGCCGGCCGUGAAGGAUUGUUUACUUCUGCACCAACUCUGGUUGCCUCGUUGGCAGUAGGUGGGAGUGAUAUACAUAAAGAAUAAUGAGUGUGUUGUUUUGAAUUCAUAGAGGAUAAUCUUGGUUCGCAGAAAAUAGUAUUCAUAGUAAUAAAAAGUUCAUGUAUAAUCAAGUAUUGAUUUAUGAAUGGGAGAGGUGGUAGGGAAAUUUACCCCAAAGCAAGAGUACAUAUGAUUAUAUUACUUAUGUUUUAACUACACAUCAUCAGAGAGAAGAAAGAUGUGUGCUGUUGAAAUGUUAAAGAAUAUAGUGCUCUUGUUUCUGUCAUAGUUUUCAUACUACAUUUUCUACUAGUUUGUCUAUAUUUGGCAUCAUUGAUUUAUGCAUAAUUAAUGAAACAAGCUUUCAUGAUUUUGUGUAGACUUGUGGUCAAUUCCAUUGUCCACUAGAGUAGAUUUACAGGCAACCAAACUAAACUGUUCUCCAAAUUUGUAAGGUUUUCUAGGAAGCAGCUAAGAAUAUACAUUUUUUUUUAUUGUUUAAUGCUUUGAAGAGAAGCUAACAAACUGAGGAUUAGUUAUGUUUGGACACUAUAGCUUCCAUUUUCUUGUACUAUUGAAGUGCCCCUUAGUGUGUUGGAACUUAUCCAGUACUGAAGGGGAGCCAACAAGCGAGGCAGCCAGAGUGAGGGGCACUGCUCAUCUGGACACAGCCAGUAUCCUACAGUACAAUUUAGUUCUGCCAUAUUGCGUGAUGGGUAGGGUUUAUUUCAUUGUGACACAAGUAGUUUGGUUUUCACGAGGUACAUGCUUCACCCUUCUGUGGCAUGGUGGUGGGGACAGAUCCAGUGGUGGUCAAGGAAGGUGGUAGACGCCGAGUAUCAUUGCUCUGUUUUGCCCACACAAGCUGCUAUUGCCUCGUGUAUGAGGUACAGAAUGUAUUUUGUCUCGCAUAUGAGGUACACAAUGGUAUUUAAUGACAUUAUGCAGUUGUGUUUUAUUCAUUGAGUACAUUUCUUGUUAAAAGUGCUGGCCACCUUAAUAUUUGCUAGUUUUUGUAAAUUGGUCUAUUUGCAGAAUUUUGUUUUAUUAUUAUUAUCCAAUCAUAGGGAGAUGUAAUUUGUUGCCAUUAUUGUGUUUUAUUUAUCACUAAAGAAUCUAAGCCAGUCGUAUUUUUACUCUUGCAGUCAUUUGAAAGCUCUUGCGUCUCCAUAAUAGCCUCAAAAAUCAUUUUCUCAUUUUCUAGAUCAAUUAAAAAAUAUACGUAUGAAAACUAAGCGCUGUGUGUGUCUGUGUGUGUGUGUGUGUGUGUGUGUGUGUGUGUUGGCCAUGGGGUCGCUGCUCCUCACCUGGCUGCCAGCUCCUGUCACGGCCACAGUGGAGCCCCAUCAGUGAGGUGCGCGGUGGCGAGUGCCCAGCGUGAUGUCGAGGCGUGACGGAGCUGAUCGCUGUGUGUACCCUUGUAUCCAUUCAUUCAUUCAUGUAGUGAUCCAGAUGACAUCGUGUGUGACGUGACCCGCCGAGGGACCAAUGUUUUCUGUGCCUGCUGGUGACAAAGGAUGACGUCAUUGUCGUUAGUCACUCCUUACCUUCACUUUUCGGAAACACCAUUGUAAUGAUCUGUGUGUUUGGGAUCAGGUUUUAUUCGUUGGGAUUUUAUUUGUCUUGGAUUAUUUAAUGUGAGGACUGUAUUCCGCUUUUAAAUUGUAAUAUAUGUACACAGUGGUAUAUGCAGACAUCUAUAAUUCUCCAUGCCUUAAGAAGAUAGCGUUUUCCCGUCGUACUGAUAGACUGAUAACGUGCUGUUGAUCUCAACGCUUUCGACAAUGGCGGAUUCGGUGCUGUGUCCACUUUUCUCUUUUUGGUCUCCCUCGGUUUACCUUUUAUGCGUCUUAAUGAAAUAUUUAUGAAGUGUACAGAUGUCGUGAUACAUCACUAUAUUUAUGAUUUGUACAGAAGUGACUUUGCUACACCUUAUUCAAGGGGUGAUAUAGAUUAUAUAGAUAUAGAGAUUAUAUAUUAUAUUGAGGUGAUUUCCCUUUGGCGAGAACCUGCCUUUUUUUUGUGCACUCGUAUUGCAAGCACCUGCCGUGAGUAGGGGAGUGUUUGGCAAGCUUAUUUCCCGUGUAGGUAAGAGUGAUGCUUGUGAUGAAAUACGUAGUGCCAGAGAAGAGAGCACUGUACAGGCAGACAAGGGACCGUUUUACUUGGGCAGAUUUGUCGCACCAAGGGAGCUCACCUUAUAAUAGUUGUAUUUUCCUUGUUAUUUAAAGUGAGUGACCCGAGUACUCAAGUUCUUUUGUACUGACGAGACUCCGGACUCUUGUAGUUUAAGCUUUCUAUGUAAUAAAACUUUCAACAACACAGGCUA